CCUUGCUUAUUGGGACAGGAAAGUUGUCUGUGGGGCCGGCCCCUUUGGGUGGAUCUGGAAACCGGCUUCCUCUUCUCCCACCACCCCCACCCCUCCGGACCCAACUGCACGUCCUCAUCCUUCCCUGGCUGGCGAGGCGAUUCUGUGGAGUAGAGUUUUAUUGGCUGAGGCAAGCGUCGGGGCCGACCUGGUCUGUGGAGGUGGUCAAGCUCUGUGUGCAGAAGUUGAAAUACAUCCCAGGAAGAGAUUCAAGAAAUGUUCAGUGCCAACAGCAGGGAGAACACCAAUUAGCUGAGAUCAGCUGCAGUGCCAAUGCCCUCUGGACAGCCUGUAUUCCCUAGGAGGGUUCCUGAUGCAUACAUAGCAAUGCGUGGCCUUGUCGUGGCUUCACUGCUCAUUCUCCUGGUUGGUGGGACUGAUGCCUUUCGUAUCUGUGCCUUCAAUGCCCACAGACUGACACUGACCAAGGUAAUCAAGGAAUCAGUGAUGGAUACCUUAGUUCAGAUCCUAGCCCGAUGUGAUAUCAUGGUGCUUCAGGAGGUAGUAGAUUCUUCCCAGAAUACUGUCCUCUUUCUACUUCAAAAACUUCAAAGGUCUGACAAGACACAGGUCCUAAAUUUCUACCAGUAUAAUGACACAGAAGACAUUUUUGCCCGAGAACCAUUUGUGGCCCAGUUCACCCUCCCUAGCAAAAUCCUUCCAAGUGUGGUGCUUGUUCCUCUCCACACCACUCCCAAAGAUGUAGAGAAGGAGCUCAAUGCCCUAUAUGAUGUGUUUCUGGAUGUCUCCCAGCGCUGGCAGAAUGAGAAUGUGAUUCUGCUUGGAGACUUCAAUGCAGACUGUGCAUCACUGGCAAAGAAACGUCUGAACAGCCUGCUACUCAGGACUAAGGCAGGCUUCCACUGGGUGAUUCCUGAUGGGGAGGACACUACAGUGCGGGCCAGCACUAACUGUACCUAUGACCGAAUUGUGAUGCAUGGGCAGGGUUGCCAGAAGCUGCUGAAGGCUGCAGCUACCUUUGACUUCCCCAGGAGGUUUCAGCUGACUGAGGAAGAGGUAGAGAAACUGGGUUGGCACAAGAGUGAGGGCAGAAUUGUGGAGGUGAGCUCAGCCACAGACACGGAACGUUUUGUUCUCUUAGGCUCUUCGCGUCAGUGACCAUUAUCCUGUGGAAGUGGAACUGAACAAGGCAGCUCAGGGUAUCCCACCCCACUGUUUGUCCACUCUACUGCUGCUGUCACUAUCUCAGCUGGGCUAGAUAGCCAUUGACUUGAUUGACCACCACUGGUAGUCUCCUGAAGCAAGACCUGAAAGUCAACUACAGCUUUUUUAAUGUAGUUUCUGCUGCUUGCUAUCCUAGGUAAGCCAGUGCUGGUAGUAUAAGUCUGCUCUCUUGCCUGAUAAUCCAGUGACAAAGGAGGCUACAGUAGGAAUGGGCUCAGAUGAUACUUAAGAGAUUUCUGCAACUCACACUGAGUCCACACUGAAAAAAAAAAAAAACUAGGAAAAACAUCCCCUAGGCUUGCUUCAAAAUUCUUAUGUCCACAUCUUCAUGCACUGGUAUUACAUUUAAAAUGUUCAAUAAAACCACCAAUUUUAA